CUCCAGGCUCAACACCCCAACUCUCCCAGCCUGGCUCCAGAGCAGAGCUGCUCCAGCCCUCCCAUCAUCUCCGGGGCCUCCUCUGUCCUCUCUCCAACAGCUCCACAUCCUUCUGGUGUUGGGGACCCCAGAACUGGCCCCAGCCCUGCAGGGGGGUCUCCCCAGAGCAGAGCAGAGGGGGAGGAUCCCCUCCCAUCAAACCUGCCAUGUCUGACUUGCCCUCCCAGCAUCAGGUCCAAAGCAAAACCCUGUGAGAUGGAGGCACUGGGGGAGGGUCCUGAUGUUUCCACAAGUCCCUUGUUUGCUGGAAAAGGGACAAAAGGGACUUGUCUUCUGUUCUGGCACGUUGGGAGCUCCCAGGCUGGUCCUGGGAUGUAGGUGAGUUCACAACUCAGGCUCUUUCUGGUACAAAGAGCUUGUGUUUUGUGUUGUCUUAAGGGGUGGUUUACGUGUGGCUGGGCCCUGUUCUGUCUUUUGGUUUGUUUCUUGAAGAUUAAAGCACUUGCUUUGCAAACAUGAGUGGUGAAAAGUAGGAGGAGGAGGAGGAGAUAAGAGGAAGGUGACAAGGUCUGGUGUCAGCAGGGUAUGUGGCCCUGCUGGCAUCAGAAGUGCAAAAUGCUUGGCCCAGGUUUCUGGGGGGGGGGGGCUUAAACCCAACCCAGCAACCAGCUCUUCUCCACCCAUCUUCACCAGCAAAGCUCCCCAGCUGCCUGACUGGAGGGGCCAAGAUCCUGGGGAGCAAGAUGCUUUGUCUCUACAGGACAAAGGAUUGCAUGGAGGAGUCCUCCCAUCCACCCUUCUCACCAAAACCUUCUCUGCUGGCUCUUAACUACCACAAGGUGCUGCACUGUCAUCAACCCUAGAGCCUCCCCAGAGCUGCUGCUGGUCCAUGCCUGGUGGAGAGGAGAUCCAGGAGUAGGCUUGGUUUCCCGGAGGUGACGUCGGGGUCCUUUGUAGCUGGUUUUGCUGGUGGAGAGGCCAUGGUGGCCUAGGCCUGGCCGGGCAGGAGAUGGCAGCGCAGAGGAUCCGGGCGGCCAACUCGGGGGGGCUGCCGCGGUGCCGCUCCGAGGGGACCCUGAUCGACCUGGCACAGGGCUGUGCUGAGAGCAGCCUCUGCGACCUCAAAGUGCCUUCUCCUAGUGCCUUGCUGGUUGACAACCCCGCAUCCUUUGGGAACGCCAAGGAAGUGGUAGCCAUCAAGGAUUACUGCCCGACUAAUUUCACCACUUUGAAGUUCUCCAAAGGGGACCACCUGUACGUCCUGGACACCUCAGGAGGUGAGUGGUGGUACGCUCACAACACCACGGAGAUGGGCUACAUCCCUUCCUCCUACGUCCAGCCGGUGAACCACCGCAACUCCUCCUUGACGGACAGCGGGAUGAUCGACAACCUCCUGGAGAGCCCCGACGAGGGGGUCAGGGAGUUGGACCUGCUUGGAGAAUGGACUGAAGCCCAAAGAAACUCUCUGAAAACCUACCAUAACAACCCUUUCUUGAACGGGGUCCAGACCAACCCGUUUCUCGAUGGGAAUGGUGGGCAAACGGUGCCCAGCUCGGACCUGGAGUCCAACUCCAACGUCGCCGUUGACUUGUUGCUCUUUGACACGGGGGCUCCUGCUUCAGGGGUCUCCAGCUCGGCUGCUAACAGCAGCCUGGGGAACAUCUUUGAUGAGUUUCCAUCCACGAACAGGCUGGAUCUGGAGCAGCCUGUGAGAAGGGACAACCCUUUCUUCAGGAGUAAACGCUCCUACAGUUUGUCCGAACUGUCGGUUCUUCAGGCCAAGUCAGAGGCUCCGGCCUCGUCGGGUUUCUUCAGUGGGUUGAAGUCUCCCACCCCUGAGCAGUUCCAGAGCCGGGAGGAUUUUAGGACAGCGUGGUUGAACCACAGGAAGCUGGCUCGGUCUUGCCAUGACUUGGAUUUGCUCGGUCAAAACCCUGGCUGGGGACAGACUCAGCCGGUGGAGACCAACAUUGUCUGCAAGCUGGAUAGUUCUGGUGGGGCCGUUCAGCUUCCUGACACCAACAUCAGCAUCCACGUGCCAGAGGGCCACGUGUGCCCUGGGGAGACACAGCAGAUCUCCAUGAAAGCCAUGCUGGAUCCACCGCUGGAGCUGAACAGUGACAAGUGCAGCACCAUCAGCCCGGUCCUGCAGAUCAAGCUGAGCAACAUGGAGGUGAAGACCUUCAUCAUUCUGGAGAUGAAGGUGUCGGCAGAGGUCAAGGAUGACAUGGUGAGCAAGAGUUUGGUGGGACUGCAGUGCCUGAGGAGUGACAUGAAAGAGGGGCCCUACACGCCGUUGCAGCUGAGCUAUUCCUACGGGGACACCAUCCAGGUGCAGCUGGAGAACCUGGAGCCUUGCAUGUACGUUGCAGCUGUAGCCCAGGGGCAGAACAUCCUCUACCCUUACACGGUUUGGGAUUACAUCCACAAGAAGAUCACGGUCGGUGUCUACGGCCCAAAGCACAUUCACCCUUCUUUUACAACUGUGGUGGCCUUGUUUGGGCACGAAUGUGCUCCCAAGACCCUCCUGGUGAACGAGGUCACCAGGCCGUCCCACAGCCCAGCUCCCGUUGCCCUCCAGCUCUGGGGCAAGCACCAGUUUGCUCUGUCCCGGCCUCAGGACCUCAAGCUCUGCAUGUUCUCCAACAUGACCAACUACGAGGUGAAAGCCGGCGAGGCAGCCAGGAUGGUGAGGGGCUUCCAGAUGAAGCUGGGCAAGGUCAGCCGCCUCAUCUUCCCCAUCGCGUCCCACGACCCCAACGAGCUCUCGGACUUCACGCUGAGGGUGCAGGUCAAGGAUGACACGGGUGCCAUCCUGACCCAGUUCUGCGUCCAGACGCCGCAGCCGCCCCCGAAAAGCGCCAUCAAACCCACGGGGCAGAGGAGGUUCCUGAAGAAGAACGAGGUGGGGAAGAUCAUCCUCUCACCUCUGGCUGCCACCACCAAGUAUCCUGUUUUUCAGGACAGGCCGGUGUUGAGCUUGAAGUAUGGCAAGCUGCUGAAGACCGUGGUGAGGCAGAGCAAGAACCACUAUCUGCUGGAGUACAAGAAGGGAGACGUCAUUGCCCUGCUCAGUGAGGAGAAGAUCAGGUUAAAAGGGCAGCUGUGGACCAAGGAGUGGUACAUUGGCUACUACCAGGGAAAGGUGGGCCUCGUGCACACCAAGAACGUGCUGGUGGUUGGGAAGGUGAAGCCCAGUUACUUCUCCGGGCCAGAUCUCACCACCAGCUUGUUGCUGGAGCAGAUCCUGAGGCCUUGCAAGUUCCUGACCUACAUCUACGCCUCUGUGAGGACUCUGCUGAUGGAGAACCUCAGCAGCUGGAGGUCCUUUGCUGACGCCCUGGGGUACCUGAACUUGCCACUGACGUUCUUCUGCCGAGCGGAGCUGGACAGCGAGCCAGAGAGAGUGGCUUCUGUCUUGGAGAAGCUGAAGGAAGACUGCAACAACACGGAGAACAAGGAGAGGAAGUCCUUCCAGAAGGAGCUGAUGACGGCCUUGCUGAAGAUGGACUGCCAGGGGCUGGUUGUCCGGCUCAUCCAGGACUUUGUGCUGCUGACCACGGCUGUGGAGGUGGCCCAACGCUGGAGGGAGCUGGCUGAGAAGCUGGCCAAGGUCUCCAAGCAGCAGAUGGAUGCUUAUGAGGCCCCACACAGGGAUAAGAUGGGGGCAGUGGACAGUGAGGCCAUGUGGAAGCCAGCAUAUGAUUUCCUCCUCACCUGGAGCAGCCAGAUGGGUGACAGCUACCGUGAUGUGAUCCAGGAGCUGCACACGGGGCUGGACAAGAUGAAGAACCCCAUCACCAAGCGCUGGAAGCAUCUCACUGGCACCUUGAUCCUCGUCAACUCCUUGGACAUGCUGAGGGCAGCUGCCUUCAGCCCACAAGACCACGAGGACUUUGCCAUUUAGCUCCUGUGGGGGAUUUUUUUGUGGUUGAUUUCCCACCCCCAUCUCGUUGGAUGGGGGUUGUUGGGUGGUUGUUUUUUUGGGUUGUUUUUACAUUUUCCUGUGCUUUUUUCCCCCCUUCCCCCUUUUUUUUUUUUUUUUAAAGCAGUUGACUUGAAAAGAAGAAGAGGUUCCUCUCGCUGGGUUUUUCAAGAGGCCAGAGUUUGGAAGUUCUCCACCAGGACUGGACACCAGCAGGAGACAUGGACUGGGGAGGCCCCCCCCAGAGAGGGGUGGCUUUUCAUACGGCGUCGACACCAGUCGAACUGUUUUCUUACUCAACAGAAACAACUUGGGGACACACACACAAAAGGAAUCACCUUUUUCUUUUUAGGCAUUUACAAAUAAAAAAAAAAUCUAAUGUUUGUAACGAGCAGCAAAA